GGAGUAUUUCGUUUUUCGUCGUGUCGACAACAGAAUAGUCAAGCAAUAUUAUACAGGAAACAGAUAUUCUUAACAUUUGGACAAUAUGUUUCGUCCGUGGGAACAAGUUAAUUCCUCAAAUGAGAAUAACUUAGCUGAGAAAAAUGAAGCACAUGCACGUUCAUCAUCUACAUAUUUAGCAUUAAAUUUAUUAUCAGUUCAUAAGUAUUUACUAGACAAAAUAUAUCCUUCAUAUUAUAUUACUACCAAAAAUCAAAAAGCAAAUUUCCGAAGACAAUGUAAACCAUUUACAGUAGACAAAUCCAAAACAUUACUUUAUAAAAAAAAAAUUAAAAAUUGUACAACAAGUCAAAAGGAUGAAAAAUUAUUACCAGUUAUUUUAGAUAAAAAAAAACAAAAUGAAUUGAUAUCAAUGACUCAUCGAGGUAUAGAAUCUAGUGUCGAAUCAAUAUCCUUAUCUGCUCACCGUGGCAGAGAUGCUUGUAUAUCUAUAAUAGAAUCUCGCAUGUUUUGGCCUAAUAUUUAUUCUGAUGUAUGUAAUUUUAUAAAAGAAUGUGAUAUUUGCCAGAAAAUAAGUUAAAUAGUU